AUGCCUACCCAGGCUCACUUGCAGAGCAAUAUGCAAGUUCCCGACGAACUGCUCGCUCUCUUCUCGCGUAAUCUCACUUUCAACCCAGAGCUCCAGGCCGCCAUGGCCAACGAGCAGGCUCAGCAGCACCAGCAACAGACUGCUCCCGCCCUAUCCCAACCCGUCUACUCAGCGUCGCAGCACUACACGCACUCGUACCACAUCUCCAAGCCUCGUAGCCAAGAUGUCGAGAACGAAGCCCGUCAGGCCUUUCAGAGACCUUCCUCGGCCCCCCUCGAAAAUGAUGUUUCUCAAGCGGAAGCUAUUCUUCGCAGCCACGGCGUCGAGCCCGCUCUUCUCACACCCUCUCAGCUUCAGCUCUUCAAGACGGCCGACGACGCACAAAAGCUUCGACUCCUGGAACUCUGGAGCAUAUGCCCUCCCAACGGAGCCCAGAACAUUCCCGCACUCGCCUGGAGCAGCACGUCCCUUGACCAGGAGGAGCACCUCGCCCGGGUUCGCUACCAACGCGAACAGCAAAUGAAUUCCGCAAUGGAGGAGCCAUCCAUGGAGCAGAUUGCCAGCGGACACUGGACUCAGCCCUCAGAGACCGAGCCUUACAUGACCUCUGGCUACGAGGAGCUCAUGCGUCGGGAACACGAGCGCAACCACGACAAGCGGGUUAGCAAUGCCUACUGCCAUUUGGGCGCGGCUGCCACUUACAACAAGGCCGUGGACCCAAUCUAUAUGGGCCCUGACUUUGUCCGCGAGCAGCAGCAAAUGGAAAUGGCAUCGCAAUAUGGCGCUUUCGAGCAGUUUCGCGGUGCCGAGGCCAUGGAUGUCCUCAUGUAA